AUGAAGUCCACUGUCACUUUUGAGAAUUAUGUGGAGAACAUAACACAUAUUCUUCAAACCCAUUUCUGUUUUCAGGUUCAAUCACCAGCCCCGUCGGCUUCGAGCCAGAGGGAUAUCAAGCGUUUAGAAAGCUUGAUUCAUCAAUUGGCAACUCACAUUGCAGAAGAAGAUAAAAAAUAUAUGGAUUUCGAGAAGCAAGGCCUUGAUAAUGAGCAAAAACUUCGAACUUCCCUUGGGUGUCCCAAGUCGGAACUCGCGGAUUGUGUUUCCUUAAUAGAGCAUGAAAAUCUUUUGGUACAAGUAAUUGCUCUAAAGAAGGACCGUGACGAUCUGUAUGAACGCUUAAAGUACUUAGAGAACAAACGGACUACUUCACAGAAUGACCUCAUUGAACGGACUUCUUCGAUUGCCAAGUUGGUGGAGAGGUAUGGGAUUGGUGGGAAAGUCGAUGAUAGAUUCUUUCGGUGUCAACCAUUUGUGGUGGAAAGGAGAGCUUCUGAGUACAAACCUCUACUCCAGCCAAGCGUAAAAAAGGAGGAGGUAAACCAUCUAGAAUGUCACGAAAGGCAAACCGCGUAUAUGGAAGCAGCGAGCAUGCACUUGAACGAAGUCCUGAAGCAGAAGGAAGUGGCUUCGAAAGACUCCGUUGAUGGGAAUCCUACUAAACUCAAGGAACGCUCUUCUCCACAUCGAGUACCUGAGGUGCCUUCUCCAGCUCUUAGAAACGAUGCUGAGACCCUCUGUCGAUCCACUGACCUUGAAGCAAACCUAUUUGAUCAGGUUGAGGCUCACUCUAGCAAGCAGGAGACAACACCGGAGGAAAUCACGCGACUUCGAGCCGAAAGCAUCCAAGACGAGAAGGCGGUUAUGAUGGCGUGUGUGCGAGAUUUGAAGGCUGAUUUGCAGAACCGUGACGAACAGAUUCAGAAAUUAGUAUCAACUUUCAAAGCCAUCAAGGACCAGGCCAAUGGGGCGAGGGAAGAGUGCACUGAACUUCAAAAGGAGCUAGAAAAAAAGCGUCUCGAAGUUAAGAAAGUUCAAAAGGAAGUGGAUAAGCUGAAACGUGCACAAUCAACAUCAAGGAAGCCAGCCAACGAGAUCGAGGUGCGGGAACUUUCCAGGAAGGUGACAAGUCUUACUUCUCAACUUGAGAAGAAAAAUGAAAUCCAUCAACGUCUGAACUCACGCAUUUCGAAGGCGAUGUCAGCAAACAGCAAAUUAUUGGCAGAGAUUCAGGCCAAGAAGGUGUCCACAGUUGACAAAGGCUUUGUUAAUCAAUUAAUGGAAAGGAUUCGCAAGUUAGAGGCAGAAAAUGCCAAAUUGAAAUCCUCUACCGCAGCUCAGAAGCCUACAUCGGCCGAUGACAAUUAUGUCACUGAGGCAAAUGGGGAAGUUCACCAACUCUCCGAAAAAGAUACGAAGCGACUCCUUAAGCAGCUUAAUUUGGCACAAAGAGAAAGGGAUGCAGCAAGAAAACAGCUUUUUAAAGCAGAUGCAAAUUUGGAACGGACAGAGAAGCACAAUCGACUCCUUCUCAAUCGUUUAAGACUUCAACCUGGUCAUGAUGAGUAUGUGCGAAGAGCUAAGAGUAUUCCUAUCAGUCUUGCUGCUUCUGCCAAAGAAUUAGCACUCGGUCAACUUCAAGAUGAGCUUAACUCGGCUCGGGAGAACAAUGCCAAAUUGAAGGUUCGUAAUUCCAAGUUGGAGGCAUCAUUGAUCCAGUUGGAGCAGCAGUUGCAGACGCUGAAGAUGACACGCCCCUACAGUCCCUCAUUUGACAAAGUUGAUUUCGGGGCUAAAGGAAAGCGUCAGGCGAGCACCACCGGGAAAACAGCCGCGGAGUUAGAAGUAAUGCUUCUUAAGGUGAAGUCUAUCCUUGACCGUUCAUUGGCAGACAACGCGCGCUUGAAGCAUCUCUUGACCCGUGCUACCAAUGAACCAAGCAUACAAGACCUUAAGGCUGAAAACCGACGGCUUCAGGAACGCCUUAAACAGGCGGAAGAUGCAACAGAUGCCGCCUUAGAGGAGCAGCGAAUCGAAAAUGACAGAUCUAUUGCUCAUUUAACUUUAGAAUAUGAUAAAUUACGAGCUCAGCUUUUAAAGGUGAGUUUUAGUUAG